CCUAAUUGCAUUAAAAUAUUCCAUCUCUACUCUCAAUUCUCAUACAAAAUCAACAUUAAUGAACUAAAUCUUACCUAAAAUCAAAUUUAUAAAACUUAUCUUAAUCAACACUGUUCAAUUCAAUACCUGUUUCGUUAUUACAACUCAUAUUGUUGUCACCUAAUCUUUGGACCAUUACAGAUAACAAUAAUGGCGGAACAACUUCAAGCAAGAGAACCUUCUCCUUCUGUAUUACUUCUCCCUUUACCAUUACAAGGUCCCAUUAAUGCCUUCCUAAAGCUCGCUCAUCUUCUUUCUCUCUGUUCUGAGAAUCUCAAAAUCACCUUCGUUAAUGCCGAAUUCGUUCAUCGACGUCUCCCGGACCUUCCAUCUCGGUUUCCUGGAAUUAGGUUUUGCGAUUUUCCCGAUGGAAUAUCCGACGAUGAACCUCGACCUCCGGCGAAGUUUUGCGGUAUGGUGGCGAUGUUUGAGGCUGAGGUUAUUAGUGCGCUGCCGAAGUUCAUGGAAUCUCCGACGUCGGUGACAUGCUUGAUUGUUGAUGGAGUUUUAACUGCGGUGGGAAAGAAAGCUCAAGAGUUAGGGAUUCCUGUUGUUUAUUUUUCGACGUUGGGUCCUUGUUGCAUUUGGGCCAGCUGUUUUUUUGUUCCUAAGCUUGUUGAUUCUGGUCAAAUUCCUAUUAGCAAAGGAAAGGACCUGAAAGAGUCUGUAAGUAACAUCCCUGGCACAGAAACGACCACAUUAAGGUGGUGUGAUCUUCCAAGUAUUUGUCGGACUGAUGACUUAACGCACCCUUAUGUCCAGCUAGUCCUUCGAGAGUGCCGAGACUUGCCAAAUGCACAAGGCCAUAUACUCAAUACUUUUGAUGAUUUAGAACAGCCUCUACUUACUGAACUUCGUUCUCUUUGUCCAAACCUCUACACUAUCGGUCCAAUCCACCUGCAUUCCCGAACCAAACAGCAACCUGAAGCCGAACAACUAGUCUCAUCCAACAGUUUAUGGGAAGAAGACAGAAGCUGCAUAGCAUGGCUUGAUGAUCAACCCUCAAAAUCUGUGAUCUUUGUUAGUUUUGGCAGCAUUGUGUCCCUUACAAUAGACCAGGUAUUGGAGUUUUCGUUUGGUUUGGUAAACAGUGGGAUUCGAUUUCUUUGGGUUAGACGACCAGGCUCCAUCGUUGGAGUCGAAGAUGGGUGUGAAGAGAGUUCCCUGCAAGUCCCAGCAGAGAUUUUAAAAGCUACACAAGAAAGGGGGUUCAUUGUUAAAUGGGCUCCACAGGAAGAGGUUCUGGCACACUCUGCUAUUGGUGGGUUUUUGACUCAUAGUGGGUGGAACUCUACAUUGGAGAGUAUAGUGGAAGGAGUGCCAAUGCUCUGUUGGCCUAAUGGUAUCGAUCAACUGGUGAUCAGUAGGUUUGUAGGAGAUGUUUGGAAGAUUGGAAUUGACAUGAAAGAUGUAUGUGACAGGGUUGUGAUCGAGAAUCAAGUGAGGGAUCUUAUGGAGGGACAUAGGGAGGCGGUUUCGCAGAGGGCAAACCGUUUGUCUAAAUUGGCUGCUCAAGCAGUGAGGGAAGAGGGUUCUUCAUGGCAAGCGCUACACCGUCUGAUUGAAGACAUAAAAUUCAUGAGAUUGAGUUGUAGACAGUAGAAGUACAUUUGCAACUGUGCUAUAGUUAAACUGAUUUUUCGACCUUGUAACUCUAUCAGCUGAGGGUUGUAACUUGUAACUUUCAACCUGGUAAACUAUUAUUAAAGAUUUGCAUUCCGCUGUCUCGAUUCA